AUGCUUGGCGUAAAACCACUCACUUGCGGCAUCCUUGCUGCUAUUGCACCCAUUGCAGCGGCUGGAUAUGGAAACGGAAACCCUUUCUGCAAAGGUGGCAUUCCUGCUAUCGCAGCUGCCAUCUUGACCAAAUACGAACCUGCUGAGACUUUCUGUUCGAGCGCAUAUCCUCUACCUAAAAUCACGUCCACCAAAACUGCAAGCACAUCGACUGUAACGACCACUGUUGCUACUGUGAGUCCUACCACCACAGUCGCUACUGUCACAGCAACAAUCACUCCUUCCACUGAGACAGUCACUGUCACUUCGGACACAGUGACAGAAUCGGUCACCACCACUGUUGAUACCACCACGUUCACAGAAUACGUUGAAGCGACGACUACGUCCACAUCUACGUUCUACACCAUCUCCAUCAUACAGAAGCGAGAUGAAGACAACCAACUAGUUGAACGUCAUAACCCUCAGGCAGCAUCUCACUGGGCUAGCGUUCAGAAGCAAGCCAAGUCCUUCGUCGGUAGCGUGUGCACAUGUCUAGAAACGCCUGUCACCGUCUCCGCUACAACGACACCAUUGACAACGACAAGCGUCACGGCCGCUUCAUCCGUUGAAGUUACUGCUACAGCCACAGAGUAA